CAGAUGCUGCUGGAGUUUUUCACCAUUCUGUGUGUUUGUUUCCAAUUUCCAGUCUCCGGAGUUCUUUAGUUUAACAUGUAGCUGGGCUGGUGUAAGAAUGUGCUGUCAGUUGAUCUGGUUGUGCAAAGUACCUGUUGUUGUGACUUUGUUUUUGCAUACGGCCCUGUGUGUUUCGUCCCUUCUCUUAUUCCGUUCUGGGCACCUCUGGAGAAUCAGCCAGCAGAGGGCGAGGGAAAGGAAUGGACUGGGACGAAGCUUUAAUUUUGGCAUCAGACACCAGCCUGUGCUAAAAUGAUUAGUCGAGUUCCAGUUGCAUUGAUUGCCUGCGGCUCCUUCAACCCUAUCACAAAUAUGCACAUGCGAAUGUUCGAACUUGCUAGAGAUCAUCUUCAUCAAACAGGACUGUAUAAAGUUAUCAAGGGCAUCAUUUCCCCAGUUAAUGACAAAUAUGGCAAAAAAGGAUUGGUGGCAGCAAAGCACCGUGUUGCAAUGGUUCAGCGUGCCCUGGAGACGUCAGACUGGAUUACUCAGGACCCAUGGGAGAGUCAGCAAGAACAAUGGGUGGAGACUGUAACGGUACUGAGGCACCAUUACAAUGUGUUGUUUCACCAAUAUCACACGAAGAAUGGAACGUCUGCAGAAAGCUCACAAGUUCUAAAACAGGCAGAUUUGUCCGAUGCUCAGCCAGUUGUGCCAAGCCUAAAAUUACUUUGUGGAGCGGAUGUUUUGAAAACCUUUGACAAUCCUAAUCUGUGGAAGGAUGAACACAUUGAGGAAAUAGUUCAGAAAUUUGGUCUGGUUUGUAUUAGCCGUGGAGAUGUAGAUCCACAGAAGUUUAUUUAUGAAUCAGAUAUUCUCUUUAAAUAUCGGCACAAUAUCCAUGUGGUGAGGGAAUGGAUGCUGAAUGAUUUAAGUGCCACUCACAUACGACGUGCUUUACGUCGAGGAUGCAGUGUGAAAUACCUACUCCCAGAAAGUGUCAUUGACUACAUCCAACAACACAAUAUAUAUACUGCUGAAAGUGAACUGCAGAAUAUUAAUGAGAUUCUCCAACCAUUAAAAGCUCAGCACAGCAUGAUAAAUGUGUUAAAUGAUUAAAGUGUAAUUGACGGUUUAGUUUGUUGGAGUCAACAAAUAUUUUGUAAUUUGUAACAAAAAGUGCUGUUUGAAAAUGUCAUAAUGGUGUGGAAGAAAUGAGUUCAUGUUUUAACUGUAUUUCUCUAUUACCACCUGAAAGCAAUGAUUAAAUUUUAUUGGGUUUAAUUAAUGAGGCAUUUUUCAAUAUUGAAUUAAAGUCAAUGGAGAUAAAGAAUUGCAGCAGAGAGAAUGCUGGUUUGACCCAGAGGAUACAUAUCAAAAUAGUAAACUAUUGCAGCCUUUUGAGUCACUAAGAUGUUGUGAGAAAAAGAGAGGAAACUACAAAGUAACUUGCUAUCGAGGUGUUAAGAUGAGUAAAUAUGGAACUUUUCCUCUAGUCAUCCCAACAUUAGCACUAAAUUCGUUCUUUUUAUACUUCCGUGGAUUAUGGAUAUCACUGACCAGGCCAACACUUGUUACCCAUUCCUAAUUGACUUUGAAAAGUUGGUGAUGAGCUGCCACUUUGACUGCAACCCCUCUGCUGUAAAUGCAACUACAAUGCUGUUUUGAAGCGGGUUUCAAGAUUAUGAUCCAAUGACAGUGAAAAAAGUGAUAUUUCUGAGUAAGGAUGGUGUGUGGCUUGGAAGGGAAUUUCAGCUGGUUGUGUUACCGUACAUCUGCUCCCAUUGUCCAUUUGGCUGAUAGAUAUCAUGGGUUUGGAAGUUGCUGUUAAAAAAGGUUUAGUAAGUUCUCCACAGUAUAUCUGUGGAGAGAUAUAUGGCUGCCACUGGGGAUGAGGAAUCGAUGGAUAGGAUGGAAUAGGUGAGAAGUCGUGAGUGCUACAAAUGACUGAGACAAAUACAUGCAGCAAGUGUCACCAGCUGCAGAGAGUUGAACUGUGGAUUUUGCUACUUGAGCGCAGUAUGCAGGCAAUGUACCACAUAGGUGAUAUUUAGAGAUAUGUGGAUAGUCUAUUCAGAGAGGUGGCCACUGCAAAUUAGAAGUUUGGAACUAGAAAAUGAAUGGGUGACCACAGGGAAUCUAAGAGGAAAACAGUCAGGUAAUGCCCUGGAUUGAAAUUACCUGGGUUCCCACUGGCACAUUGGUUUCUGUUUGGGGUAUUAGUUCCUCAGCAGUGUACUGUCAGAGUCAAUUUAAUGCACGAAAGGGGACUAUAUUGUACAGAUGAGGGGGGAGAACAAGGAAAGAACAGUAAUGAUUGGGUAAGUGCUAGUUAGGAGAACAUACGGAUGUUUCUAUGGCCAUAGAUGUGAGUCCAGGAUGAUAUGAUGCAUCCCUGGUGUUGUGGUCAGAGACCUCAAGUGCAGCUGCAGCGCAUUCUUCUGGAGGAUGGUGAAUAGUUAUAAGUUUCAGUCCACGUUGGUCCAUUGACUUGCAUAGGAAGAGGUUGAAGUUUUGAAAGCAGAUUUCAGAGGCCUACAAGGAGAUUAAGCAGGACCUCCAACAGCAUUAAUCUCAGUAUUACCUCUUGUCCUAUGUGAGAAUAGGUGCAGGGGAAUUGACAAAAUGGCUGGAAACCUUGUGUAGGAGGGAGGGCUUUAGAUUUUUUGCAGCUUCUGGGGAAGAUGGAAAGCACCUCUCAAGGAGAUUUAGUAGGCUGUUGAAGAGGCUUUAAACCAGAGUGGCAGGAGAAUGAGAACUUCUGGGCAAAUGCGGGAGCAAGGAAUGGGAAAUAGAAAACAAGAGAGUGACUCAUAGAUUAUUAGGCAGGAUAGAGGAGGGAGAAAAAGACUGAAGCAGUAUUAUUAGUUGAAGAAGCAAUCAUAGCUGUGAGGAAAGAGAGUAUAAUAAAUGAUCAAAUAAAGACAAAUGAGGCUAAAAUGGAGGUAACCACUGUACUACAUGUGUAUACAUAUUUCAGGUAAUGGAACGGACUCAAAGGAGCAAGUAUGUUGACCCAAAUUUGAGUGCAAACAAAAAAGGGCACUAAUAGUUUGAGAUUUCAACUACUCUUGGAUCAGUUAGGAUUGAACAGUGUGAAAGGAACAAAGGGCACAGAAUUCUUAAAUUGUAUUCAAUAGCACUAUUUUCAGCUAGUGUGUAAUAAAUCCAUUGAAAGACUGGGCAAUUCAGAUUUAGUCUUGGAAAAUAAAUCUGGUCAAGUGGUGAAAUAUCACUAACGGGACCAUUUUAGAGAUAGUUACCGUAAUCUUGUUAGAUUUGGCAUUGUUAUGGUAAACGAAGAGAGUUGAACAGGAGUAGAAGUUCUAAAUUGGAGAAGAGUCACUAAAGGGGAACCAACAGAUGUAGCAUACUUAGAUUUUCAGAAGGUCUUUAAUAAGGUGCCAUGUAAAAAGUUUUUGUACAAAAUAGAAGCUAGUGGUGGGUAAUGUAUUAGCAUGGAUUGCGAAUUAGUAAACAUAUAGAAGACAGAGUGUCAGGAUUACUGGAUUUUUCGGGCAGCAUAGGUAUAACUCAUGGAGUGCCACAAGGAUCAGUCUUAGAGUCUUAUUUAUUUAUUAUCAUCUUAAUGAGGACCUUAAUGAGGAGAAGAGGACAGAGUAUAAUGUAUGCAGAUUUUUCGGUGAAACAAAAACAGUUGACGGGGCAUGUUGUGAUGAAGACAUUAGGAAUCUGCAAGGGAAUAUAGCUAGAUGAACGAGCGGGCAAAAAAAAACUUGGCAGAAACAAAAUACCAUUUCCUCUAGUUGAGAUAUCAGUUGCCAGGUGAUGGGUAGAGGAUUAGAGAGGACUGAGAGAAAAGCACUUCCAUCCAGAGGUUGAUGGGUGUCUGGAAUUUAUUGCUCAGCUAAGUUAAGUUGGAAUCCCUCAAUACAUUUAAAAUGAACUUCAAACUGCAUGUGAUCUUUAGUGUUGGAAAGUGUGACGUCAUGUGCUUUGGUAUAUAGAAUCAAUAGACCUAUUAUCAAAUAGAGAGUGAGUCAAAAAAAGGUGCAGAACUUUGUAAUCAAGUGUAAUUGAAACACAAAAAAUUAGCAUGAAGGUGCAGGAAAUAAUUAAGACAAUAAAUGGAAUAUUAUUCUUGAUUGGGUGUUGGAGUGUAAAAACAGUGAAACUUUGUACAGGUGAGGUUGUAUCUGGAGUACAGUGUAUAGUUUUGGCCUCUGUUUUUAAUAAAGGAUAUACUGGCAUUGGAAGCUUUUCAAAAGCGAUUCACAAGGCUGUUCUUGGGAUGUAGGGGUUGGCUUAUAAGCAAUGGCUGAACCAGUUUGGGCCUUCAUUCUUUAGAGUUUAGAAGAAUGAGGGGUGACCUUAUUAAAACAUACAAGAUUUGGAGGGAGCUUGCCAGGUUAGAUGUUUAGUAGAUGUUUCUAUCAGUGAAGUAAUCUCAGACCGUGGUACAAAAUUAUAAAUAAGUGCCUCGUUAUGUAGUAGACGCAAAGGAAUCUCUCCUGGUGGGCAUUGAAUGUCUAGAAUUUCCUAUUCCAGAAAAUUAUGGACCAUUGAAACUAUUAAAGAGGCAGUAGAUUUUUGAAAUAACAGGGAGCUUCAGCCGGCUGAAAAGAGGAGUUGAGGCCUCGGGCAGAUCAGCCAUGAUCUUGUUGAAUGACAGGAUGUGCUUGAAGGGUUGAGUAGCCCACACUUUCUUAUAUCACUUAUGUUCUUAUUACAGGAAGGAUGUAAUUGCUGUGCUCUGGGGCAGUACAGAAGAGAUUUACAAGAAGUUUGUAAAGGAUUGUAAGUUGUAUCUAAUGAAGAAAGAUUUGAUUGGCUGGAGUUGUUUUCCUCAGCACAGUGAGGUGACUUAAUUGAGAGCGACAUUAUUACAUAGGAACGAUCUAUUUUCCCCUGACUUUGAGACCACUUGUCAAGUCAUUGGUAAAAAGAUUAGAGUGGACACAAGAAACAUCUUUUUUCCCACCUAAAAACUAGGGAGUGUCUAGAACUGCUGCCCCAAGUAGCGGUGAUAAAUUCCAGUUGGCCUUUUCCAUAUUGCGUACAGCUGCCUCUCCUUUGUUGUGGUGAUGGUGGUGACAGUGAAAUUUUCCAAUGCUGGAUGGAGUUCUGAUCAAGCAAGCUAAUUUGUCCUGAAUGGUGUCGAGCUUCUUGAGUGUUGCUGGAAUCGUGCUUAUCUAGGCAAGUGGAGCAUAUUCCAUCACGCUCAUGACUUGUGCUUUGUAGACGGUAGACAAGCUUUAGGGAGUGACAGUGUGUGGAGAAUAAUGAGAAUUUUACCAAUUUUUACUUAGAGAAUGCAGUUUUAUUUUCAAACUAACAAGUUUUAUAAAUAAUACCACAUUUUAUCCGGAUAUUUUCAAUAUUAUUUAAUACAAGGACAAAGAGAUGCUUUUCAUUUAUAAUUUAUUUAAAUCCAAAUUCACCGGUACCAUUUCAUGUUGGCCAUGUUAUCAGUGUCAAUUUGAAUUUGUAUUUUAAAUGCAUUUUUAUUUCAAGUAUUCAAAUCUCUUCACCCAACUUGUGUUGAUUCAAAUUUAGCAAAGUGAAUGUGAUCGCCAUGUUUAUACAUGAUAUUCAAUGGCAAAACGCUACUGCCAGCAAGUAACAAGAAGCUUUUAUUUUCAUGUGAACUGCAUUGCAGUUUUGUUCUGAGCUACAUUCCUGUCUGUAACAUAACAUGAUCCUCUUACAGAAACUCUAAGUGUAAUACCAUGAAAAAAUGUUAAUUUCUUUUGCAAUCGGAUAGAGUCAGAUGAGAUCCACUGGACUAAUACAUGCUACAAGUAAUAAAAUUGUUGAAAGGCAGAAUGAGGCCUUUAAAAAACGGUGGCCUAAUUCCUAAAGCUGAGUUGAUUGGUGACACCUUUUUAAUAUGAGCUUCACUUCAUGCGAAGUGAAAGAUGCAUAAUUGGUGCAGGUCAGUCCAAAUUUAGAUUCCCUGCAUUUUUUAUUCAUUGUUUUGGUCUCUAAAGCUUUCAGUAUAAUUGAAUAUGGGCUGAUCUUUCAACAGACUUAAUUUCACAAUCAUGAGAAACAGAUGCUGGGCUGUUGAUGGUACUGAAACUCAAAUUAUUUCCCUUGUGUUUAUGGCCUCAAAUUUCUUUGAGGAGCAGGAAUGAAUUAAGGAUGUGACUGGAUCAGAACGGGGUCAGUGGGGACAGGAGUCGGGAGUGAGUGAUCUGUAGCUUCAGAUCUCUGCUGCCCUUUGGUUUGGUGCCCACAUUUCUUCAGAAUAAUAGUGAUAGCAUGCUUCUGGUUUCCAUUUGCUGUCAAUAUGAGCUCAUGGAAAGAACCCAGAUUGAUGGCAGGGUGAUAUCAUUUACCUGUGUACAGGUGCUGUAUGUUAAUAUGAAGAAAGCAAAAAGUCCUACAGACUAUCACACCAUUCCCUUCUAAGGUGGGAAAUGCCAAUUUCCUUUGUAAAGUAUGCCGUUUUCCUGGUCUAAUUUUUGCCACAGUUAUUGUUCAAGAGAGGCUAUUGCAGACUCUAUGAACAUGCCCCUUUCAGCUGAUACAUGUUGAAUAUGCUACUGGCAUUAAUUCCUGACAAUGUAACUGACAGCCAUGAGUUGCUGAUCCAUUGGACUGUUAGUUCACUUCCGCAGUCAAAGUGGGAGUAAGGGUCUGUCACAUACUGUCUCAGAUCAUCUGGUCAACAGAAAAUUCUCUCUAACAUACAAUCCGUGAUGUCUUUGCAAAUGGCUAUCCUGGAACUGUCCUGGAAGUUUAAACGUCCCGUGGGGAAUUACCCAACAUUGAGUUGCUAUUGAGUGUUGCACAUUACUUCCCUGGAUAUUUACUCAUGUAAUGGCAUGGCAGUUGUAGAAUCAUAGAAUCCCUACUGUGUGGAAGCAGGUCAUUUGGCCCAUUGAGUCCUCACCAACUCUCCAAACGGCAUCCCAAUCAGACCCAUCCCUGCAACUCUAUUCCUGUAACCCUGCAUUACCCGUGACUAAUCCACCUCGCCUACACAUCCCUGGGCACUAUGAGCAAUUUAGUAUGGCCAAUCCACCUAAACCUGCACAUCUGUGGACCAUUCAGGCCUUUUGCUUUCCAGCAGAGGUUGCGUGAUUGUCUGUUAACAAACUACCUCCUCAACACCGAGUUGCACCACCAUGCGCUUACCUGGCUACCAAAAAGUAUUUAUCUUCAACAAGUUUAGAUCAACCUUUCAAAGGAGCCCCUCAUAUCCUUGAAUGCUUAAUUCUAAAAACCAGUUGGCCUCUGCAUUGGGGAACUAUAGUUUUAGGAUUUUGAACUCAGUCUUUGGUGGAUCAUCACUGUUAUACAAUACUGAUUUGGAUUUUGUUUUGAUUUAUUAUUGUCACCUGUACCAAGGUAAGUGAAAAGUGUUGUCUUACAUGCUUUACAGGCAAAUCAUACUAUACAAAUGCAUCAGGGAAAUAGAACAGAGUGCUAGAUACAAUGUUGCAGCUGCCUAGAAGGUGCAGAGAGAGAUGAACGUUAAAAUUUAAAAGGUCCAUUCAAAAGUCUGAUAACAGCGGGAAGAAUCUUAUCUUGAAUCUGGUUGUGCAUGUAUUCAAACAUUUAUAUCUACUACCCAACAGAAGGUUGGCAAUGAGCAGAACGAGGUUGGAAGGGAUCUUUGAUUAUGUUGGAUGCUUUCCUAAGAUAGCCAUUAAUAUAACAGAAGCCAAUGCAUAGGAGGCUGAUCUGUGUGAUGGACUGGGCUGUGUACACCACCCAGGUAGUUUCUUUCAAUCUUGCGAAGAGCAGUUGUAAUGCUACACUGUGAUGCAUCCAGAUAGGAUGCUUUCAAUGAUGGAUCUAUAAAAAUUUGUAAGAGUCUUUAUGGACGUGCUGAAUUUCCUUAACCUCCUGAGGAAGUGGAGGGGUUCCUGUGCUCUCUUGACCAUAGUGUCAGUGUGAUGGACAAGGAUAGAUUGUUGGUGAUGAUCACUCCUAGGAAUACGAUGUUCUCAACCAUCUCCACCUUGACACCAGUGUAGCAGACAGCGGCAUGCCCUCCACUCUUCCUCCUAAAAUCAAUGACCAACUCCUUCAUUUAGCUGACAGUGAUGGAGAGAUUGUUGUCUUUACACCAUGCCAUUGAGCACUGUAUCUCCUUCCUGUACUCUGUCUCAUUGUUAUUUGAGAUCUGACUUUCGAUGGUGGUGUCAUCAGCAUAAUUCGCUCUUUUGUAUCCUCUUGUUGAACAUGAACCUCUCAAGAAGUACAUUCUUGAAUGUUGGCUGUACUGAGAUGUCUUCUCAGCUGCCUAAGAGAACUAACCCAAUGCCAGCUUUAUUCCUGUCUUCAAACACAGCCCAGUUUGUUCAUGGUGGGGCAGACUUUGUGUGCUUUGUUCACAGUCACUGUAAGUAAAGGUUCUGCCAGAUUGUAUUUCGCCUUCUCAGCCAACUCCAUCCUCAGAGAGCAGCACCAGUGCUCACUUAAAUCUCUUCAACUUUUCUUCAAGUGCAUCACAUAAAAUACUACAGAAGCUGAGGUGUGGUAGAGCACGUCCUACCUCUUUAGACUUCAGUUCUUGCAUAUAUUAAAAGCCACGCCAGCUCUCAAGAUGCCCCCCAAAAUAAUGACUUUUACUUUUAACAAUCCACCACUGUCACCUUGCAUCAAUACUUCUUUAAAUUAGCAGACAUAGGUGAACACACAGGAAUCCCAUGCUGAAUCCCAAUAUAUUAUUCAUAUACUUAACACUCCAACAGUCAAUUUUGACCUUGUGGUAAUUUCUUUCAGGAUUGUUGUAUCAGCAUAAAAGUAGUAAUUUUGGUUUUGAAUGCACGUUCAGGAAGGAUUUGUGAAUAUCAAGAAGGUAUAGCAUCUUUAGUUUAUAUUCCAUUCGGAUAUGUUGUUGUGCUGAAAGCAAUGUCAGCAGUUCACAGAACCAGUGUCGAGCUAUGUCAGACAUAAAUAAUGGCAGCAAACAACUCUACCACAUCAUAUUAUAUGAAUCCCUUUAAAAAGUUUUUCCUUCCCUUUUAUUAAACUUAACACAGGCAACGCGCGUGACAAUUCAUGUUUCAAUUGUAAUGUCUCCAAUUCAUCGGAACCUGUCGACAUGAGUUUCCAGGUAAUACUGGUGGAAUUUAUUAAUAGGCUUUUGUCGGUUCUAAUAUUAUUCAAGCAACAUGUAUGAAUGUAUUUUCAAGAUGUAGACUUUCUAAUUACAAUUUUUAAAAAUUCUAUGAGGAAUAGCGAAUUGUCAGUUGCGAACUCUAUAUAGCUUUUAUGUACACUUUUAAAGUACGUCACGGAUAUUAUGAUACAAGUGAAAAUAAGAUGAGAGUCAUCGUUCACAAAUAUUGUUCGAUUUUGUUUAUGAGUCUUAUUUCGGGGAAAUGUUGAUGAGGAUAAAAAGUUGCACACCGACUGUAAUAGGACCAUACCACACUUGCAAUUUUAGAGAAAAUAAUCGGAAUACAAUUCAGUUUUCAAAAACAGUUUCCACUAAUGAUCCAAUUAUAGUGUGGCACGACUGUGAAGUAGUUUAAUAAUGAUGCUAGUGAUGAGACAUUGCAGCUUUUUACCUAUCCAAUAGGAUUAGAGACAUAGGACAGUUACAAGGGACAAACCUUUUUUUAGAAACAUCUGAUACGCAUUCAACCAGAUAUGUCAGAAAUUCUGGCCACAAAUUUCUUAGUCAUCAAGUUAGAAUGUAAAAAUGUAUUUUUAUUUGUGGUCCAAGCUUAGAUGUAUAAGUUAUCAUUAUAAAGGCAAUUAAACUACCAAAAGAAAUACAGCAGUUUAAAACUGUCCUUCUGUUUAUCUUGGACAUCCUGACCUCAGAUAUUGAAUGAAGUUGUCUUGCAUUUGCAAUAAAAGUUUCAAUCAGUGUACAUUAGUGAUCUUUCUUCAUCUCGAGGUAGCAGGCUUAAUUAUUCAAGGGUCGCCAAACGAUGGCUUAUGCUGUGAUUUUCCAAUGGUUGGGCUAGGCGAGGAGGCAGGCCUCAGACUGCCUAAACCAGAGUGGAGAAAUAAACAAGAUAAUAAAAUGUGAGGCUGGAUGAACACAGCAGGCCAAGCAGCAUCUCAGGAGCACAAAAGCUGACGUUUCGGGCCUAGACCCUUCAUCAGAAAUAAACAAUACUGUUGCCUGAUGUGUUGUUCAGAAUAAUGCCAUCUAACUUUACUUGCCUCCCAAACAUUAUUAAAUUUUGGGAAACAAGAGAAGCUCCAAUAACCAAUUAUGGGCAAUUUGUUAAUAAAAGAGAGAUGCUGAGAAGUAUAGAGACAAGCUGUCAACAACACCCACCUGCCAGGAAAUAUGGGAUAGACAACUGAAGAAAAAGCAUAUUAUGCACAUUCUCAAAUAUAUCUUUCCCUCUCUGACCCUUCACCAGGCAACACGAAAAGCCCUGAUUAAUAUUGAAGGAGAAUAGGCAAUGGAUUUGACCACUACCAGCAAGGAGAAAGACUUAAAAGGACAUGAAGGGCAACUUUUUUUUUAAUAAGUGGUUUGUGUGUGGAGUGAACUUCCAAAGGAAGUCAUGGAUGUGGGUACACUUAGAACAUGUAAAAGACAUUUGGCCGAGAAAGGUUUGGAGGGAUAUGGGCCAAGUGCAGAUAGGUGGGACUAAUUGGUUUGGGGUUAUGAUCGACAUGGGCUGGUUGGACCAAAACAUCUGUUUCUGUGCUGUAUGACUCUAUGACAUUUCUCUCCACUACCCUUGCCCAACACAGUCUACUGUCUCCAGAUCAAACUGAUUAGGAGAAGCCAAGAACAAGCAGAUUGGCACAAAACUCUGACCAGGAUUACUCGCUGUACCCAUACAGUUAAACCAGGAAGCUUGGCCAUAUUGCUUGCACAAGCAUCAGGCAAUGAAAAAGCGUGGAUGGUGGUUUCAUAAAAUAUGUGUAUGAAUAAACAAAUAUUUUGCAUUUGGAAAACCUGCAAUAGCUCAGGACAGAAGCAUUUUUUUAUACUUUGCUAAGAUGGGGUAAUGAUAAAGUUCUUGGAUUACAUUGUAAAAUUUUCAAGGGAUUACAUAAAUGAAGCAGGAGAUGACACCUGAAUGCAUUUGUACAUAACAAACUAAAAGUACAAUGAAUCUGGUGAUUGACAUGUCAUCAAGGCCUGUUUUAGUGUGAUUGUCUGACAAUCUGCCACUAACACACCAUUGUUUAUCUUAGCUCCAGUAGUAGAAGGACAAGCUGUGGCUUGCGUAAAACUGAAGUACUCAAUGACCUUUUGUUGUAGCACCUGGUAUCUGCAUGUAUACAUUACACUCUCAGGCAGUUAUGUAAUGAGGCUUAAAUGAAGCAAUUUGGAGAUAGUGCAACAUGUUUAACUUAGUGAAUCAUGCUGCAAGAGGACACAGCUCAAAAAGAUGGAGACUGUGAGCUUUAUACCAUGUCUCAUAACGUGCAAUGGUGAUGUCAACGUGUUGUAUAUCUGCUUCCAAGCAUGACACAACAUCACUUCUUUUAAAAAAAGAAGCCCCAAACCAAUACACAUCAUUGUACAUAGGCAAGUGUUGUCAAUGCAACAAUUAUAGAGACAUAUAAAAUGAAGUUAACAAGAUUAAUAAUUCAAACUUCAGUAUUACAUUUUGAAGGAUUGAUUGAAUCAUUCUGAUCUGGUAAUCAUAUACCCAUGUGGAGAGGUUCGUUAUUCUUGGAUCCCCUUGGCUGACGAUUUUCUUCUCUUAGUGCUAGUUGCUGUUGCUCAGGAUCAUUGCACAGCUUUCAUCAUCAGAGAUAGUAGGAACCGGUGAUGCUGGAGUCUGAGAUAACAAGGUGUGGAGCUGGAGGAACACAGCAGGCCAGGCAGCAUCAGAGGAGUAGAAAAGCUGACAUUUCGGGUCUGGACCCUUCAGCUUUCCUGUUCCUCCAGCUCCACAUCAUCGUCAUCAGAGUUUUUUUUGGCUCACUAUGUACAUGGUUGGCACUAUGUACAUGGUUCACUUGCAUUCUCUGUCUGGUACAUUGUAGUUCUGUAACUGCUCGCUGAUGUUGUAUCUGUUUAGUCCUCCCUGUGUUUGAAGGGAGAACUCCUGUAGUUCUUUCAUUCUCAUCACUGUGGCUGUGCUUUGAAGUUGACAUGCAAUUACGAGCGACAGAAUGGCUCAGUGGUUAGCACUGCUGCCUCACAGCACUAGGGACCCGGGUUUGAUUCUGCCCUUGGGUGACUGUCUGCGUGGAGUUUGCACAUUCUCAACGUGUGUUUCGUCCGGAUGCUCCGGUUUUCUCCCACAGUACAAAGAUGUGCAUGCUAGGUGGAAUGGCCAUGUUAAAUUGUCAUUGGUGUUCAGAGAUGUGUAGAUUAGGUGGGAUAUUGUGAUAGGCCUGGGUAAGAUGCUCCUAGGGUCAGGUUGGAGUUGUUGGACCGAAGGGCCUGUUUCCACACUGUAGGGAUUCUAUGAUGAUGAAGUUAGAAGCUGAGAUCUAUGAAUUCUGGUAAUCCUAAUGAUGAACCAAUAGUAUCUCUACCAGGCAAAGGAUUUCAGGAAUUCAAGCACAGCGUGCAUAUCGGCAUUGUGGUGCAAUUUUACUAUUGCAUGGACUCUCCGAGUUCACAGAUGAAACAAAGUUGGAUAGCAGGGUGAAUUGUGGGCAAGAUGUAGACAUGUUUCAGUUGAUUCAGACAAAUUUAAGUAUGUGGACAAAUACAUGGCAGAUCAAGUACAAUGCUGAAAAAUAAGGUUAUCUGCAAUAGUAGCAAAAGCAGAAAUGCAGAUUAUUACCUGAAUUAUAAUAGAUUAGGAAGGUCAUAGUGGGUGGCUGACUGGGGGUGGUGGCACAUGGGGCUGGGGAGGCG